UUUCACUUUCCAGAGGCUGAUGUGUCGCAGCUUUUCCACACCGUGUGGAGCUCCAGCUGAAGGACCCAUCAGAAACCAGACCCUGCUGAACCUGAUCCUGAACCUCAACCCAGCUGUGUGUCCAUGAAGUGUGACCGGUCCAUGGAUCCAUAACUACUUAAGAGAGAGGAGGAGAAUUAAAAUGGAGAGGAGGAGAAUGGAAAUGGAGAGGAAGCAAAUGGAAAUGGAGAGGAGAAGACGGAGGACCAGACCAGGGUCAGAACCUGAACCCAGCUGUGUGUCCUCCAAGAGCAACCGGUCAAAAGAGGAUUGUAUUAAUUUUAAACGUGUUUCUGACAAAAAACUAUCUGCUGAUAGAAGGAUCCAGCAGCAGAGAACAGAGUCUCCUGAACCUGAACCCAGCUGUGUGUCCUUCAAGAGCGACCGGUCAUACAAUUUCUUUAUAGAUUUUAAACAAAGACAUCCAUCUGACAGAAAAGUGGACCAGGAGAGCUCUGAGGUUCCCAGUGGUCAGUCUGCCCAGCAGCAUCCAACACACCUGGACUCCAUAUUUAUGCUGCUGGAGGAGGACAUCGUCACUUUUGUGAAGAACGAGCUGAAGAAGAUCCAGAAGGUUCUGAGUCCAGAUUACCCAGAAUUCUCAAAGAGUCAAUGGAAGGAUGAGGAUGAAGAGCAGAGGAGGAGCAGAGAGGCAUUUCUGAAGAUCACACUGCACUUCCUGAGGAGAAUGAAGCAGGAUGAGCUGGCUGACCGUCUGCAGAGCAGAAGUCCAGCUGGAGUCUGCCGACGUAAACUCAAAUCUAACCUAAACAAGAAGUUCCAGUGUGUGUUUGAGGGGAUUGCUAAAGCAGGAAACCAAACCCUUCUGAAUCAGAUGUUCACAGAGAUCUACAUCACAAAGGGAGGGACUGCAGAGGUCAAUGAUGAACAUGAGAUCAGACAGAUUGAAAUAGCAUCCAGGAAACCAGACAGCCAAGAAACAACAAUCAGACAAGAAUACAUCUUUAAAACUCCACCUGGAAGAGAUGAACCAAUCAGAACAGUGAUGACAAAGGGAGUGGCUGGCAUCGGGAAAACAGUCUUAACACAGAAGUUCACUCUGGACUGGGCUGAAGACAAAGCCAACCAGGACAUCCAAUUCACAUUUCCAUUCACCUUCCGAGAGCUGAAUCUGCUGAAAGAGGAAAAGUUCAGCUUGGUGCAACUUGUUGAUCGCUUCUUUAGUGAAACCAAAGACGCAGGAAUCUGCAGGUUUGAAGAGGUUGUAUUCAUCUUUGACGGUCUGGAUGAGUGUCGACUUUCUCUGGACUUCCUCAACACUGAGAUCCUGACUGAUGUUACAGAGUCCACCUCAGUGGAUGUGCUGCUGACAAACCUCAUCAGGGGGAAACUGCUUCCCUCUGCUCGACUCUGGAUAACCACACGACCUGCAGCAGCCAAUCAGAUCCCUCCUGAGUGUGUUGACAUGGUGACAGAGGUCAGAGGGUUCACUGACCCACAGAAAGAAGAGUACUUCAGGAAGAGAUUCACAGAUGAGGAGAAGGCCAGCAGAAUCAUCUCCCACAUCAAGACAUCACGAAGCCUCCACAUCAUGUGCCACAUCCCAGUCUUCUGCUGGAUCACUGCUACAGUUCUCGAGGACGUGUUGAAGACCAGAGAUGGAGGAGAGCUGCCCAAAACCCUGACUGAGAUGUACAUCCACUUCCUGGUGGUUCAGACCAAAUUGAAGAACAUCAAAUAUCAUGGAAAAUCUGGGAUAGAUCAACACUGGAGUCCAGAGAGCAGGAAGAUGAUCGAGUCUCUGGGAAAACUGGCUUUUGAGCAGCUGCAGAAAGGCAACCUGAUCUUCUAUGAAUCAGACCUGACAGAGUGUGGCAUCGAUAUCAGAGCAGCGUCAGUGUACUCAGGAGUGUUCACACAGAUCUUUAAAGAGGAGAGAGGACUACACCAGGACAAGGUGUUCUGCUUCGUCCAUUUGAGUGUUCAGGAGUUUCUGGCUGCUCUUCAUGUCCAUCUGACAUUCACCAACUCUGGAGUCAACCUGCUGUCAGGAAAACAAACAUCAUCAACACGUAUCUACCAGAGUGCUGUGGACAAGGCCGUAGAGAGUCCAAAUGGACACCUGGACUUGUUCCUCCGCUUCCUCCUGGGUCUUUCUCUGCAGACCAAUCAGAAACUCCUACAAGGUCUGAUAAUGCAGACAGGAAGUAGCUCAGAGACCAAUCAGAAAACAGUCAAGUACAUCAAGAAGAAAAUCAGUGAGAGUCUGUCUGCAGAGAGAAGCAUCAAUCUGUUCCACUGUCUGAAUGAACUGAAUGAUUGUUCUCUAGUGGAGCAGAUCCAACAGUCCCUGAGUUCAGGAAGUCUCUCCACAGAUAAACUGUCUCCUGCUCAGUGGUCAGCUCUGGUCUUCAUCUUACUGUCAUCAGAAAAAGAUCUGGACGUGUUUGACCUGAAGAAAUACUCUGCUUCAGAGAAAGCUCUUCUGAGGCUGCUGCCAGUGGUCAAAGCCUCCAACAAAGCUCUACUGAGUGGCUGUAACCUGUCAGACAGAAGCUGUGAAGCUCUGUCCUCAGUUCUCAGCUCCCAGUCCUCUAGUCUGAGAGAGCUGGACCUGAGUAACAACGACCUGCAGGAUUCAGGAGGGAAGCUGAUCUCUGUUGGACUGAAUAGUCCACACUGCACACUGGAGACUCUCAGACUGAGUGGCUGUAACCUGUCAGAGAGAAGCUGUGAAGCUCUGUCCUCAGUUCUCAGCUCCCAGUCCUCUAGUCUGAGAGAGCUGGACCUGAGUAACAACAACCUGCAGGAUUCAGGAGGGAAGCUGAUCUCUGUUGGACUGAAGAGUCCAUACUGCACACUGGAGACUCUCAGACUGAGUGUCUGUAAGCUGUCAGAGAGAAGCUGUGAAGUUCUGUCCUCAGUUCUCAGCUCCCAGUCCUCUAGUCUGAGAGAGCUGGACCUGAGUAGCAACAACCUGCAGGAUUCAGGAGGGAAACUGAUCUCUGUUGGACUGAAUAGUCCACACUGUACACUGGAGACUCUCAGUCUGUCAGGCUGUCUGAUCUCAGAGGAAGGCUGUUCUUCUCUGGUCUCAGCUCUGAGCUCCAACCCCUCCCAUCUAAGCGAGCUGGACCUGAGCUAUAAUCAUCCAGGUGACUCAGCAGUGAAGCUACUGUCAGCGGGACUGGAGGAUCCUCUCUGGAGACUGGACACUCUCAGGGUGGAGCCUGCUGGAGUCAGAUGGUUGACACCAGGUCUGAGGAAGUAUUCCUGUGAACUCACACUGGACACAAACACAGUGAACAGAAACCUCAAACUGUCUGACAACAACAGGAAGGUGACAUAUGUGAAGGAGGAUCAGCCAUAUCCUGAUCAUCCAGAGAGGUUUGACUACUAUCCUCAGCUGCUGUGUAGAGAUGGUCUGACUGGUCGCUGUUACUGGGAGGUCGAGAGGAGAGGAGGGGUUUAUAUAUCAGUGAGUUACAGAGGAAUCAGCAGGAGAGGAAACAGUGCUGACUGUUGGUUUGGAUGUAAUGAUCAGUCCUGGAGUCUGAACUGCUCUGAUGGUGGUUACUCUGUCUGUCACAAUAAGAGAGAAACACCCAUCUCCUCCUCUGUCUCUAGUAGAGUAGCAGUGUAUGUGGACGUUCCUGCUGGCUCUCUGUCCUUCUACACAGUCUCCUCUGACUCACUGAUCCACCUCCACACCUUCAACACCACAUUCACUCAGCCUCUUUAUCCUGGGUUUAGGUUUAGGGUCUGGUCUCCUGGUUCCUCAGUGUCUCUGUGUUCACUGUAGGACGGAGAGUCUCCUCCUGUUUCUCACUGCUGAUCAGUUGAGUCUGUACAGGAUCACACUUACAGAAAUAGGUCAGGUUAUUGUUAUAAACUAAUGAAUGAACUUUGUAUAAAAUAAUUCAGAAUGAUUGAACAGAUACCUCGUGAACAUUGUAAACUUCUUCCACUUCCAGUCCUUUAAAGAUGGAAGCUGGGAUCAUGAAAUUGUAGA